AUGAGUCGAUACGCUGUGUCCCAUGCCAACCCUGAGGGUGCAGGGGAUGCCCGGCCAACUGCUGCUCAGAUCGUUCGUGAUGAAGAUCUCGAGGGCAAACAUAGGAAUAAAGUAAUCGUCAUUACUGGUGCGACCUCCGGAAUUGGCGUUGAGACUGCGUGGGCGUUGUCUGCGACAGGUGCCACCUUGUUUCUCACUGCUAGGGACAUGGCGAGAGCUAAAGCUAACCUAGCUGGUCUCCUGGAAUCGAAUCCUACUCGGAUCUCGUUAGUAGAGAUGGAUAAUACGUCUUUCGACAGCGUCCGAGCAGCAGCAGCAACCAUCCUGGAAAAAUCGAGCGGUCAAAUCAAUAUACUUGUGAACAAUGCUGGGGUUAUGGGGAUUGAGGAGCUCACGCUCACGGCAGAUGGCCACGAAAUACACUUCGCCACCAAUCACCUGAGCCAUUUCCUGCUGUUCCAACUUCUGAAGGCAGCAUUGCUGGGUAGUUCGACUCCUGAAUUUCAGUCCAGGGUUGUCAUGGUAGCAUCAUCAGCCCAUCGGUCCAGCACAAUGAGCGAAAGCGACAAUUAUAACUUCCAAAAGGGAGGAUAUAAUUUCGGGACAGCGUAUGCGAAGUCAAAGCUUGCCAAUAUUUAUAUGGCUAAUGAGCUAGAUCGUCGUUAUGGUCAGAUUGGGCUUCAUGCAACAAGCCUCCACCCUGGUGCAAUCAACACGGACCUUUCAAGACACUUAGGUCCCGAAUUUGUAGAGCGGAUCAUGAGCAACGAAGAACUGCUCAAGAUCAUAAAGUCGCUGGAGCAGGGCGCUGCCACUACGGUCUUAGCUGCGAUCGGCAAGUCAUGGGAGGGUAGAGGAGGAAAGUAUCUAGAGGAUUGUGAAGAAGCAAAGCGAGGUGUGGAUGACAAUGACGUGUUUGGGAUCGGAUAUGUCAAACAAACUUAUGACCCGGAGACUGAAGGUCGGUUGUGGGACGACUCGUUGAAGAUUGUCGGAAUCAAGGCUGACCCGUGA